CGGGACUGAGGUGGCCGAGACGACUGGAUGUAGUCGUUGUGUUCCGAAGUAAGAACGAAGGCCCGCAUUUUCCCGUCGGUGGCGGUCGGACAGCAGCACCUUGGUUCCCUUUAACGGCGGGCAGUCCGAGGAUACUGAGCGCAGCCUCCAGGUGGAUCCAUCUCUCAGCCAUCUUGAAGGCUGCUCUCUCUCCUCCUCCUCCUCCUCCACGGCCGAAAGUAAACACGGCUUGCACAUUGCCUGCAACUCCGUGCAACAUCCAGAGAGAAACGAGAUGGGCUCGCUGCGCAACGUCUAACUGGACCGGAGCCAGGAGCAGACUGGCCGAGAGGAUUUGCUGCCGUUUUGUGCCGACGCAGAAGAGGGGGACGCGACGCGCCGGGGAGAUGGACCUGUUUGGGAUUUACCUGCUCCUCUCAUUCGCUCUCCUGCCCCGAUCCAGCUGCACCACGGCCAAGGAGAUCACCUGCCAGGAGAUAGCCGUGCCCCUGUGUAAGGGGAUCGGUUACAACUACACCUACAUGCCCAACCAGUUCAACCACGACACGCAGGACGAGGCCGGACUGGAAGUGCACCAGUUCUGGCCUCUGGUUGAGAUCCAGUGUUCGCCGGACCUGAAGUUCUUCCUGUGCAGCAUGUACACCCCGAUCUGCCUGGAGGACUACAAAAAGCCUCUCCCGCCGUGCCGGAGCGUGUGCGAGAGAGCCCGGGCCGGCUGCGCGCCCCUCAUGAGGCAGUACGGCUUUCCCUGGCCGGACAGGAUGAAGUGUGACCUGCUGCCGGUGCAGGGCAACCCCGACACCCUGUGCAUGGACUACAACAGGACCGACUCCACCACAGCGUCCCCCGUCCUCUCGAAACCCACCAACCAUCCCGGCAAGGGCUCCAACCCGCCUAAGAGCAAGCCUGGCAGACCCGGGGAGCCUGGGAAAUACAAGCCGCCUGCCGCGCCGUGUGAGCCGGGCUGCAAGUGUCUGGAGCCCAUGGUGCCAGUGAGCACGGAGCGGCACCCGCUGUACAACCGCGUCAAGACGGGACAGAUCUCCAACUGCGCCAUGCCGUGCCACAACCCCUACUUCACGCUGGACGAGAGAGCUUUCACCGCCUUUUGGAUCGGACUCUGGUCCGUGCUGUGCUUCGUGUCGACCUUUGCCACCGUCGCCACGUUCCUCAUCGACAUGGAGCGCUUCAAGUACCCCGAGCGCCCCAUCAUCUUCCUCUCGGCCUGUUACAUGUUCGUCUCGGUCGGCUACAUCGUCCGACUCAUCGCCGGCCACGAGAAGGUGGCGUGCAACCGCGAGUUCGACGUGGAGCACAUCCACUACGAGACCACGGGACCCGCACUCUGCACCGUGGUCUUCCUGCUCAUCUACUUUUUCGGCAUGGCCAGCUCCAUCUGGUGGGUCAUCCUGUCCCUGACCUGGUUCCUCGCGGCCGGGAUGAAGUGGGGCAACGAGGCCAUCGCCAGCUACUCCCAGUACUUCCACCUGGCCGCCUGGCUCAUCCCCAGCAUGAAGUCCAUCGCGGUGCUGGCGCUGAGCUCCGUCGACGGGGACUCGGUGGCCGGCAUCUGUUACGUGGGGAACCAGAGCCUGGACAACCUGCGGGGCUUCGUCCUAGCCCCUCUGGUGAUUUAUUUAUUCAUAGGCACCAUGUUCCUCCUGGCCGGGUUCGUGUCCCUGUUCAGGAUCCGCAGCGUCAUCAAACAGGGGGGCACCAAAACGGACAAACUGGAGAAGCUGAUGAUCCGGAUAGGCAUCUUCACGGUGCUCUACACGGUGCCGGCGACGGUCAUAGUCGCCUGCUACUUUUACGAGCAGCACAACCGACAGACCUGGGAGAUCACGCACAACUGCUCCAGCUGCCUAUUAGAGCGGGACCGCAGGAGUCCGGACUACGCCGUCUUCAUGUUGAAGUACUUUAUGUGCCUUCUGGUGGGCAUCACGUCCGGGGUGUGGAUCUGGUCGGGGAAAACGCUGGACUCCUGGAGGACUUUCUGCACCAGGUGCUGCUGGGGCAGCAAGGGCACCGGCGGCUCCAUGUACAGCGACGUGAGCACCGGGCUGACCUGGCGGUCGGGCACGGCCAGCUCCGUGUCCUGCCCCAAGCAGAUGCCGCUGUCCCAGGUUUGAAUGAGAAAAGACCGAGGCAGCUUACGGGGGGACUGCUAGUUGCUGGGGGGCCGUCUUGAACAGUUCGCGUUGUGAUGAACUGCCGCCGAGGCGAAGCGUCCGCGCACGCACACACACACACCUCCGCCGGGGGGAAGCGGAGGUAGAGGUCUGUGUGAGGUAGAGGUCCAGGCCGAGGCUUCUGCGCAAACUGGGCAUUAGUUGUUGUAGGCAGAGAGAGAGAGAGACGGUUGCUUUCUCCCUUCUUAGCCCCACACGAAGAGCGUUUGGCUUCUUGUGACCAUUUUAUCUACCUAGUGCCAGAUAACAUUGUGGAAUUCAAUCACAUCAAAGAUAGUUUAAAUUAAGCCUUAAAUCGUGCCCCAGUAUUUUUACGGGUCAUUCAUUUUGUACGUUCAAAUCUAUUUAUAUAAAAUUAAAAACCUGUACAUUUUGUUUAUAAAAGAAAACUUUAUAAGCUAUUGUAAAUUUGUACAAAGUGUAGAUGUCUCUUUUUGUGAGAAAGCAAAUAUGCCCUUUAUUUUGACAAUAAAACAUCUGAUAAAUCUCGAGAUGUGUGUAACUUUGCAGUGCUUUCCCAUGCCGGGCAGGCCUUUCUGGCUCCCCGGCCCGUGCAGGCCUUUCUUUUUGUGGUUUGCUUGCGGCUGCCGUGUUGAGGAUGGCAGCAGCAAUCGCGGCUUCUGAGGGCCCGUGCUAAAAAGGAAGCUCUUCUAACCAUCAGAGACCGAUAAUUAGAGGCAGGGGUUGGGUUGGAGCAUCUCCAUAAUUGUUAAAGUCCUCUUCACAUGCCCGCCGAAGCCCGCGCUCUUAAUUUAGUAAAAGGGGGAGUGGGUGAAUGGGGGUAUAAAUGCAGGGAACAGACCCUUUUCAUCUGCUGAAACUUUGAUCUUUCUUUUUUAACGGCCUAGAAUAAAGGUGCUGCGUAUUAGGAGUGUCUGUCUGAUGUGCCAAGGUUCCCCCUAAACGUCCCCAUUUGGAUGCUUUGAUGGACGUCCUACGAUUGAAAGAGCAUUUUGGAACCCCUCUCUCUUCUCUGGGUUUGUCAGAGCUGAAACCUGCCAGAGCUCCUGCGUCUUGGGUUUGGUUUUUUUUUCUCCUUCUUUUUUUAAUUUUCUCCACAGAGUCUGAAUUGAAACAUCUUCUCCCUCGGCCCAAGCUGUGGCAGUGAGUGCCGGGGCCUUGACACGAAUGAUAUUGAAAUGGCAAUGAAAGCCCUACAGGUGGUCCGCUCACAUGAUCUCACAUCUCGGGGCCCCUAAUGGAGGCAAUUUUUUUGCCACAAAUGUAACUGGUUUGGUCCCAAUUAACCCGACGCGCUGGCAUAAGAUGAUACACCGAAAACCCAGCGUAGACGUGCCUUUGAUUUACCGGUCAAUAGUGACAGUGGGCUUUGUGGUGCCUGCUUUGUUCCUGCUUUAUUCCUCUACACUCCGGCCGCGGAUGUGAAACCCAAAAGCGUCUUUCCAGUGUAGUGCAGACUUGCAUCUGUUGGGAGUGUAAAUCGCACACAUAACUCUCGCAUCACCCUGCUGUCGGCGAAGACACCGGGCGAUGAAGGUGUAGUGGAAGUCGUAACACUUUUUUUUUUCGUUCUCUUGGCAACAGAAGAGCAGCCUCCUCAGCAUUUCACUCCCACACAGAUCAACAGCGGCUCUGAACAGUUUUAGUGUUUGCGUGAAGUGAUGGGGAGGGGGGACCGUGUUGGGCAGUUUUACUCCGGUUUUUGUUCAGUUGCUAGUUCAAAACAAGUUCAUGAAACAUCUAAACGUCGCACGGUUCUGGGCUUGGUGAAGACCGUGCAGAAAGGUUCAUGGUCUGGAACAUUUGGUGGUGUACUUCGUUCAAACAGUACCAUUUGCACCCAGUCCUGCAGCCUGUUGUUCUGGUGUUUACCACAAAGACCUCAGAGAGUGUGCAGCUCCAGCUCUGACUGCCGGCCUCCAUAGCAGUGACAUUAAUGUGCAGCCCCAUCUAGUGGUAAAAGCAGCACUGUGCACAUCCACGUGCCUCCGCACCCUGCAAACGCUGCUCAGGGUGAAAGUUUGGCUCUAAGGAAGUAAAAAAUUCCACGAGGGAUGCCAUUUUGCCCUGUCUUUGUCUCCUCGGUCUGAGCUCCAAGAUUACGUAACAGGUCUCCACAGGUCUCCUAAGUCUGUUAAGUCACCUGCAGAAGUUGGAAAAGUAUACAAGGUUUUUCCCAGUGCUCAUUGGGGGUGCUGAAGAAGGAGGUGAGCAGGCAAAAAAGUGCCAUUUAUAAGCAAAAAAAUAAUAAAAAAUCCAUGACAAAUUCAACUGAAAUAACUUUUAAAAGGGGGGAGCACAGCUAAAACCUGCUGCCUCCUGCUCUGUCCCACCACUGACCAGUCAAUCUCACCUCACUGGAAGGUUACCGCCUGCUCAGGUAAGUUUAGGGUGAGCUGAACAAAGCGUCCGCUUUAGCUUUCUUCAGUUACUGCCGGCAACACCGGUUACUCACGGGGACCCACGCACAGACUCGUGAACCAGCUCUAUCGGAGUGCCGUCCGUUUACUGCAGAACUAUUUUAGUGACCAGUCCCGCAACGGCGAGAGGGCCUCAUGACACAAAUCUGUCUCUGCGCUUCCUGAAUCAAGAAUAAACAUGGCAAAUCACACAAAAAGCCACAUUAUCACAGCAGAGCCGAGGCCCUUACACAGAACACAAGUUUGUGAAACACAAACUACUUCAAAAAGCUGAUUUUGUAACCUGACCGAUUAAUUCGUAGAUUAACCGAAACACUGGGUCGAACGAGACUGUGCAAUACGCGUUACAUUAGCUGAACUGGGAAAUACGCAAAAUUCACUUUGAAAGACAAUGAACAACAAUUACUUACCUCUUCGAGGGAAUGUGCUUUUGUGUCGCGAAAAACCCCCCAGAAACAAUUGAACACGUAUUUGAUUCACAUGAAAAUGUAGUGUAUAGGGUCUCCACAGAUGAGUGUCACUUAAAAUGCCGACUCUCAAACUCGAGAUUUUUAUGAAUAGCAUCCUAAAUAGAGUAUGUUAAAUGUAUCAUCUGAGCCACUGGCUGAUUGAGUGCUUUAGGGGAGGGUGUUUUGGGUAGACACAAUGACUGUGGUCCUAAAUUAACAACAGGAGACACUGCAGUCAGCACUCGAGAAUCACACUUAAACUUUGGCGGUAGUCACUUUGGGCUUCUCUAUACCAAGCUUCAGAGUGCUAGCAUCUCUCUGACACAUGAGUUUGGAACCGUUUGGACCGUUUCCUAGAAGUUUUAACGUUUGGAUGCACUGCCAAGCACACCAUCCUGGCCUGUCCAGGCGCUUAAAAGCAGCAGGUCCCCGCUUGGCUCUUCUACAUGGUCAUUGUAAAUAACAGGUAACGGCCCGCUUCCUCCGCCCAAGCCAUUUAGGUGCACUUUACAGGGGAAAGUAUGAGAGUGUCGUUAAGAAGUGCUUCACACGAACAGGGCAGGGCCGUCACAAUGGGUGGGUGUUAACUGGUAACAGUUCGGGUCAAGUCUGACUUUAUGGUUUAUUUUUAUUACGAAGUAUUUUACGCACACAUGGCUUAUCUGAUCUGGUCGGGGCUUGUUCUGGACUUCCAGCCGUGGCCUGUGGCAAACAUAAAGACCGUGCUGGCCGUUAUCGUCGGGCGACAUCGGCGCGGAGCUGUAACCGGUUGAAACAAAUCCCUCGGACCGCGCCGGAGUGUAAGAGUUGAUCCCUCCAUGCAGCCCCUCUCUGAUUUGAAUGGUCUUCUUUCCUGAUCGCUCUCUGAAUGCAGGUGCUAAAGCCUCACUUGUGGAGCCAGGAGGAGAAUUCUAACACUGCCGCCUAUCAAAUAUUAAUGGUGGUGUUUGGUGAGAGGCAGACACAAAGGAGGGGUUUUUUUUUUUUUUUAUCUCCUCAUGCAUGCCUGGAGAUACUGUAUUUGUCAGCUUGUAAUGAGCAUUAGUUGCUUUUAUUUUACAGAUGAUGACAGGCAACUUUGGCAGCCCAUAUUUAGCAUUUUUAAUUUGGACGACAGGAGAGAAACAUUUUUGGAUGACAACAGAUGCUAUAAAAACAUGACUUAAUGACACCAAGAAACAAAAUGUGAGAAAAAGUCAUUAUGUGGGUUUUUUGUAGCUGUGGGCAAAGAGACUAAACAUGCGAUUACAUUUGGUUCUGUCAACAUGAAGACCGCCGGUUAGUAUCAUGUCUCUUUAUUUUUCCAGACUGCAUUUCACAGUGGAAGAUGAAGAAUAGUAAUUCAAACCCCAGAGUUUCCGUGGGUGAAUUUUUCAAUCCAUAAGGCAUGACAGUGACCUCGGGUCCCAGUGACCCAUUUAGAUUAAUGUUGAGGCUCCCGACCUCCAGCUCAGGCACAUUAUUCCCAGCUGGCCAUUUGAGAUGCCAGAUGUUGGAAAAUAACCUCAACUGUGUUUUUGUUGUCUGCGUCUGUUAUAAAAUGUGCUAUGUCUGUUUUGAAGGCCAAAUUGAAAGGUUAAAUAAAGAUAAGACAGAAAAUGACUGUCAGUCUCCGUCGUGCAGUUUUUAACCAAUAAAUGUUAGACUUUAGCACUAAGACUGAGCCUCACAAAGAUAUCAGGAGAAGUAGCUGGCCCCCCAUUGGCACAGUAACAAUGCCUCUGUGGUUUAGUAGUCCUUACAGUGCACCCCUGCUGCCUCUUCCAGUCCAAGGACCCCCACCUCCACACACACACGCACACACACACACUCACAGCGGCAGAACACUGUGUUCCCUCAAUCCUUCAGUGACUGACUGACAUGUACACAAAAGGAAAAACUUCUUUCAUCUGGAGCCCCGAGCGUUUUCAAAGAUUCACUCUGGCUGUGGUCAACUCAGUCCAAAGAGAGGCACUGACUCAGCACUGAAAAGGGACGUGGUGUCAUGGUUCUGAUGACAAGUAAAUACUGAGCAGAACAAGUGCCAGUGAGAGCAAGGAGUGUGAUUAUAUAAAAAAGGGUGAUGGCCUUGAGGGAGAACAAUGAUGACUACUUAUAGGAGGAUGUGAUGCAGACUGUAACUCCGGCUCCUAUCGAACACGACAGCGACCAAGCACUUAAUAAGAACAGCUGUGCACCUGCUUAUUCAUGCAAUUAUCCAGUCAGCAAAUCACGUAGCAGCAGUGCAGUGCAAUAAAUCCUGCAGAUACAGAUCAGGAGCUUCAGUUAAUGUUCACUUCAAAGAUCAGAAUGUGGAAAAAUGUGAUCUCAGUGACGUGGACCGCGGCUUGAUUGUUGGGGCCAGACGGGCUGAGUAUUCCGAGUAUUUCUGAAACUGCUGAUGUCCUAGGAUUUUCACACACAACAGUCUCUAGAGUUUUUACUCAGAAUGGA